AUGACUUCAUUAAAACUACAAUUAAAUAAACUUUCUGAUCCUCAUACACAAUGGCAAUUAACUGAUAGUGAAAAUCGUAAAAAAUCAUCGUUUCUUUAUGAUCCAAAAGUAGCGUCAACACUUGAUCGUGAAACUAUUUACUGUCUUGGUACAAAUGGUUUCGAAGAACUUUGUUUACUUGAUUCCGGUUUUGAAGAAUUUGAACGUGUACUUUUCAGUGAUACAAGUUUAACAUUUGAACGUAGUAUUCAAACAAAAGAAGUUAAUGAUUCAUUAAAUUUAACUAUUCGACGAUUUCUUAUUCGUCUUUCACCAUAUUUUCUCUUAAGUCCAGCUCAUAAAGCACUUGAAUGGCUUGUACAUCGAUUUUUCAUCCAUUUUUACAAUGUUGAUGAUCUUAUUCGAUGUGUAUUACCAUAUCAUGAACAUAAUUAUUUCACACGUGCUAUACAAAUGUUUCGUUUGAAUGAGAAAAAUAAUAAUUGGGGUUGGCUUGAAUCAGCUCAAAAAGCUGGAACAACAAUUCCUGGUCUUGUAAUGGCUAAUCGUUGUGCAACUGAUUUAGGAUUUUUAAAUUUUAUUUGUGAAUCUACUGCAAUGGCAGUUAAAGAAUUUGGUUCAAAUCAUUCAUCAUUACGUGUUAUUAUAAAUUUUUAUCUUAAAACAUUAUGUUCAACAAUAUUACAUUCAUUAUCACAUAAGAAAAACAAGAAGAAGAAGAAAAAUUCCAAUGAAGAAAAUUUUAUUGCUCAUUUAAUGCCUUUUUUACUUAAAGGUUUAAAAUCGAAAUCUACUGAUUAUAAACGAGCAACCUAUUUAGUUCUUUCACAUUUAUCAAAUAUAUUUACAUUUCAAACAAAUAUUAAAGAUGAAAUACUUAACGUACUUUCAAAAGGCUUUUCGGAUGAUAUUAUUCAAGAAAAUCUUCUAAUUACAUCAGUAUUUCUUAAUAAUCAACAUCAUCCAUCAUUACCAGAUCGAUGUUUUCUUAAAUUAUGUCAAAUGUCGAAUAUAGUUGAUGAAAUAUUUCAAUUAACAAAUGAUGUACGAAUAGAUAAUUUUCUAUGUGGAUGGUUUGAACAAUUACUUAAUCAUGUUAUUAAAGAUAAUAAUCAAAUGGAAACAGAUAAUGAACAUGAUUUUUCGAAUUUAAUUGAAAAAACAUUAAAUACAAUUAAAUUUAAUUCAAAUAUACUGAAGUUUAUUAUCAAUUGUUUUAUUAAACAAUUUAAUAAUAAUAACAAUACUUACAUAGUUUCAUUAGCAUCAAUUAUUGAACGAAAAUAUCCAAUUGAUUUUGAUGAUAAUAUUCGUCAACAAACUGAAAAUUGUUCGAAUAAUGAAGAACGAAAACAUAUUAGAGAAUUCGCAUCAAUGACAGCUAUUGGAUUUAAACAUCAACCUUUAUCUGAUCGUGGUUCACUUGCAAUUUGUCUAAAUCAUCCACAAGCACAAUUACGAAUUGAAGCUUUACAACGAAUUCGUGAAGGAAUUAAAUCUAAACAAAAUAUUGAACAUGAGUUUUUAUUGGAUGUUUUACAAUCACGUUUAAAUGAUAAUGAUGUUAAAGUUGCUCAGGAAGCGAUUUAUCUUUUAGAAGAAUUACAUUUAAUUGAUAAUCAACAAAUAAAUGAUAUUCUACAAAAGAUUCUUCAACGUGAAAAUGAAGAUUGGUCACCUGUUCAACAAUCAAUUGUUCGUUUAUUAUCACAUGAUUCAAUAAGUGAAAAUAAAUAUCUUCAUCUUCUUUUUCCAACAACAUCAUCGGAACUUAGUUUAUUAAAUCAUCUUUUAGACAAUUCGAAACAACAUAAACAAUCAUUGUCAUCUUUAUUGAAAUUAACAAAAAAAGUCUUUAAAUCAACUACAAUCAAGACAUUAUCUUCAACUCUUGAUACAUUUAUUCAAUCAAUAACAACUAAUGAUGAUCAAAAAAAUGUCUUACUACCCUUAUUACAACAACAUGAUGAAAUUUUACGUCUUGUUGAACAUCAUAGACCAAAUUGGAUAAAAUUUUCUAUUAUUUAUAUAUUAUUAGGAAUUGAAACUGUUAAACAACAAAAUAAUAAUGAAUAUGUUGAAUUAGCUAUUAUUAUGAUUUUUAAACUCUUAAAAAAGCUAUCCAAAGAAAUUUCACCAACAAAUGAUGAACCAUCAGAUAUAACUGAUAACAAAUCAUUAAUUGAAUCACAUGUCAUUAAAAAACAUCCAUUCACAUCAACAAGCUAUACUAUGCUCUGGAAAGCAUUUAUUGAUGCUUUACCGAAAGAUUCUAAUCAAUCGACAUUCUGGAAUGAUUUUCUUUCUGAAUGUAUUCAAUGGUUAUGUUCAGAAGAGAAAAUACCUUUUCUUCAUCUUCUAUUCAAUCAACAAUUUCCAUUAGCAAAUAAAUUAAUUCAAUUUCUUGCUGAAAAUUAUCUUAAUUUUACUGAUAAAUUUCGUGAACAAGAAGUCAUAUUAAAAUAUCUAUUAAAACAAACAUCAACAACUGAAUAUACAAAUCUUUCAAUUUUAAUAUUUAGUUUUUUUCUUCAUUCAACAUAUCGACCAAUUCGUUCGACAAUCAUAAAAUUAUUUCAAACAAAACUUAAAUGUACAACAAAUGAUUUUGAUUUAUUUAUUCAAACUGUCAAACAUCAUGAAAAUGAAAUAACAACUGAUUCCGAAUAUGUUUGUUAUUUAAUAUCUCAAUUAAUUCAAACAAUAAAAUUAAAUGAAAAGAAAAAACGUAAAUUAAAUUUAGAUAAUUCAUCAUUGAUACAUUUAUUUAAAACUACAAUUGAUCAAAAUGAAGAAUUAAAUAAAAAAAUUCAAUUACAAUUAAAUAUUCAUUUACUUUAUUUAUUAAAACAAUGUAAACAUUGGUCAAUACUUAAUGAAUAUAGAACUGAUUUUGAAAAUCUUCUUCAACAAUCAGAACAAAAUUUAGCUAUUCAAGAGAAUAAAAUAUUUAUUGAAAAUAUUAUUCAACAUAUUGAUCAUGAAACAUUAAUACAUGAACAAUCGUUUUGUUUUGAAAUUAUUUUACAAAUAUUAUCACGUUCUAUUAAAAAAUCGAAAGCAAUAACAACAAUUGAUAUUAUGAUAUUAACAUUAAAACAAUUGACACCGGAAAUGUUUGCAGCACUUUCAUCAGAUUUUGAUAAACAAUUUCAAUUAGUUAGUGAAUGUUUUUCAUUAUGGCAACGUUCGAAAUCUUCACAAUUAACAACAACCAUUAAAACAACACUUUCUAAAUUUGCAUUCGAUGCAAAACAUUUCUUAACUUAUUGGAAAACUAUUCUUGAACCUGCCAGUCAACAAACAAAUACUGAUUCUCAACAAAAUCGUUUAUCAAAUAAAAAAUUAAUUAUUUCAAAACCAACUGAACAAACUACUGCAGUAAAUACAACAAUAAAUUGGAAAAAUUUAUUACCAUCAUUAGAACUUCUACAUAAUGAUCAAUUAUUAAUUAAUCAUCGACAUGAAUUAAUUCGUCCUCUAUUUCUUAUACUUGAAAAAUCUUUAAAUCAAACAAUUGAUUUUGAACAAAAAACAUAUAUUGAUCAAUUAUGUACAACAGCUUUACUUAAUCUUUAUACACAAUUAAAACCAGCUGAAUGUAAUCCGGAUAUUUUUAAUAGUGAAAUAGUUAUGGAAUGUAUGAAACGUACAAAUGAUUUACAUACAACACAACAAUGUCUUAUGCUUUUAUCAAAAGGCGCACAAUUAUUUCCUGAAAAACUAAUCAGUAUGAUAAUGGCAAUGUUUGCUUUUGUUGGUGAUCGUCUUGUACGAAAAGAUGAUUUAUACAGUUAUCAAGUUAUGGAAAAAACAAUAAAAACUGUUAUACCAUCGUUAUAUAAAGAAAAAAAUAUUGAACAACGUCGACCCAUACUUGCUAAAAUUACUCAUGUUUUCGUAACAUCUUUAGCUCAUUUACCAGCACAUCGCCGUCAAGAUAUAUUUCGUAUGCUUAUGGAAUCAAUUGGACAAGAUGAAUGUCUUUGGUUUGCACCAGUUCAAUUAUUUGAUUCUAUUCUUUUAUCACCAAUAAAUAGAAAAAAUGAAGAAACAUUAAAAAAAUCAUUAAUCGAUGGUAGUGAACAAAUGUUAAGUAGUUUCAAUCAAUUUUCAUCAGCAACUAUUCUUAUUAGUCUUACACGUAUAUUAAAUACUGUAUUAAAUCUUCCGGAUCAAAUAACUAAAAAUCAAUCAACUCCACCAACAUAUUCGCAUUUAAUUGAUUUACGUUCAUAUACAACAAAACAUAUUCAUGUUCUUAAAUAUCAAUUAUUAGCAUUUGUUAAUAAUAUUCUUUCAGCUGAUUUCUUUAUGAAAAUGAUUAAAACUGGUUUACAUCAAGAAAAUGAAAUAAAUUAUUUAAAUGAAUUAAUUCAAACAAUUCUUCAUUGUUUAUUAUGGGCUAAUAAAUUAUCCGAAGAUGAUAUUGAUAUAAGUCGAUAUAAUAAAUCAAUUUUAAAUAAAAUCUAUGAAUGUUUAAAUAAAAGUAUUGCAUUAUUACAUGGUUCAAUGUUUGUUAAUAUCAUAUCAAAUUUACUUCAACAACAACAAACAAAUGAAAAACUACAAAGAAAAACUUUAGAAAUUUUGAAUAUACGAUUAAAAGAUGAAUUUACUCCAGAAAAUGAAAUUGUAUUAUUUUUACCUCAUAUGGAUAAUAUAUUAUCAAUUGUUAGUAAAAAUUCAACAAAUGAACAAGAACAAACAGCACAAACAGCUUUAUUUACAGUUAAAUUAUUAGCUAAACGUUUGGGAGAAAAACAUCCAACUGAAUUUUCAUCUGUAAGUUUAUUUAAAAAUUCAUUUAUUGAGGUAAGCUCAUAA